GCGCGGGUGGGGCCGCUGCGUCUCGGGAACUAUUGCGGGUUUCGCAGCUCGGUGGCGCAGUUUGAUGGGACUUCGCUUGCACUAGAUGGGCGUCUUAUUGGGCCGAAGAAGAUGGCGACGCUACGUCAGCAAAAGGUCGCGCACUUCAAGGAGCUCAUGAAGCAAUCUGGUCAGGGCGCGGCGCGCUCCUUCCAGGAUGGGCCGCGGCAUUUCUCGCGGGCCGAUGCGCGUAGGGCCACUGGCGGAAUUGUCAGGCUCGGCAAGAAUGGGGGGAUCAG